AUGACGAUUCCACGGCGCGAUCGCGCUUACCGCCGGAUGUCAGGCGCCUCUCUACUCGCGCUAGCCAUUCUCGCAUCCUCGCUAUCGCUCGCACCGCAUGCGUCGCACGCGACGUCGUCUGCCAGUCGCACCAGCAGCGUCGAAGCGUCGUCCCUGCGACCCUCCGGCUUCCUACCCGCCAUUAACUCCCUUCUAUCACAGCGCACCAGAACGCGAGCGUCUUCCACAAGUGUCUACACCUGGACGCAGAUCGUGUGCCCUCGCACCCCUUGUUUCCCUGCCUUCAUCUUUCCCAACCCUUCCCCCUCUCACCCCCCCCCACCCGUGCCCCCCUCCUCCCCACCGCGCCCCCCCUCCGCUUCCCCCGUCACUGUCUCGUCUCCCCGCAGCACCCAGCGCGAGCGCCUCACGUGCAAGCAUGAGCUGGAGCAGCUGCGCCAAUGGCACGCCGCCACGUUUCACAUGCCAGCUGGCGUGCACGGGGAUAAUCCAGCUGGCAGGGGCGCGGAAGAUGACACGAGCAUGCAGAAUGGCAUGGGCGGCAUGGGCGGGAGGAGGCAAGGCGUUGAGGAGACGAGGGAAGGCCAAUUGGAUGGGUGGAAGCAAGGGGAUGAGGGGAGCAGCGGCGGGGAGAGCAGCGGCAAUGAGAUUGCGGCAGGGGUGGAUGAAGAAGCGGCGCCCUCAAGGCGUGCAGGAGGGGCGGAGGAUGUGUGGGGUGCUGCGGCGAGGGUGGGCGGGCAGCGCGCACUGCUGGCGGUGGGCGGGGUGGGGUGGCGCAAGAAGCUGCGGGAUCAGAUGGGACGACUGGCGCGCAUGGACGCUGAGAUGGCGGAGAAGAAGAGGGAGUUAAGGCGCAUCAGCACAGCAAGGCAGCGUCUGGACAAGCAGCUAGCGUCCCCUUCCAUCAACUGGGCAACUCGCCUCAUGCCCAAAUCGGCGAUGGAGAGGGCGAGGGCAGUGGUGGCAUCGUGCACGGGCAUGGGCAUGGUGCUCUCACACCCCGCACACGUGUGGAAGGCGUACGCGUGUGAGGGCAGUGAGGAGGAGCUGAUGCAGUACCUGGACUACAAGCCGCGCCACAUGUGCCCCGACGACUGGCUCGACACGCAGGCGCUGCUCUUCCACCGCCACUGCUUCGCCCUGCCCAUGCGCCGCUGCCUCUCCCGCACACCAGCUGCCCACGUCGAGCCCAUGCCAUUCCCGCAAUCGCUCUUCUCGCAGCUGACCCUGCAGGACACAGCAGUGCGGUGGCAGCACCACGCGUGCAAGUCGUUCCACUGCCUCAACAGCAACAGCAACAGCAACGGCAUGGCGGGCAACGAGUGCGCGCAGUGCUUCAACAUGAGCGUGCAGAGCAGGCGAUGGCAGUCGCGCUUCCGAGGGGCGCUCUCCGUGCAGGACGUGGUGCGGUGGAAGCAGGGCGCUCUCAGGGUCGGGCUGGACGUGGGAGGUGGCACGGGCAGCUGGGCGGCACACAUGGCACGAUACAACGUGACAGUUCUCACCACGGCUAUUAAUGCGGAGGCACAGGGCACGGGGCGGACAUCAAUGCAGGCGCAGGGCACCCCAUACAUGGAGACAAUUGCACUGAGGGGACUCAUUCCCCUGCACGUGCCACACUCACAACGGCUACCACUUUUCGACAACACAGUGGACAUCAUCCACUGCGGCGCCACCUGCAUGCACUACCUCCCUCUCACCCCUCUCCUCCCCUGGGAGCACAUGCUCUUCGAGUGGGACCGCGUGCUGCGAGUGGGCGGCGUGCUCUGGCUCGACUCUCUGCUGCUCCCCCUGCGAGACUUGCCGCUGUAUGUGGCACUGGUGGACGGGCUGGGGUACAAGCGCCUGCACUGGCACAUGCUGCCCAGGGGUGGCGUGGGGGAGGAGAGUGACGGGAGUGUGCAUGUGCAGGUGAAUGCUCUCUUGGAGAAGCCGGUUAGGGUGGACCCUAAGAAGGGGUGGCUCAUGCGCUGA